AUGACAGGAUACGAGAGGGAUAUGAAGAGAACAUUCGUUGGUGUCACUGAUGCCGUCUGUGCUCAAGUUCUUAUGCCUGAGAAUCUACAGGAAUACAUCAAAUCUACGUGUAAUCAGAAGGUUACAAAAAAGGAUUGCACCGAAGUGAGGACAAAUAUUAUUGACGCCUUUAAAAAAGAGAUGAAUAUCUUUUUUGAAGAAUACAGUGCCGAGUCAGACGUGAGUUUCUUAGUGUUACGAUUUUAUGUAAUAACAUUUAGUUUGCAUCUGCCGGAAAAGAAAUUGAAAAAGCAAAGGCCCUGAAGCAGAAAGCAUGGAGAAUUAGUACAGACCCCGCUCAUAACUGCCAUGCUCAGAGAUAUCAAGCUUAUCAGGAUUUUAUAGAUGAACUUCGAAACCAAGUCCGAGAAUUGACCCAAGAUGUUAAGGUAUUUAAAAAUCAGUUAUUGAUUUCGUAUUUUAGGAACUGAAGGAAGAAUUGGCUACGUCAUCUAACUAA